AUGGAUCUUCUAGAUAUAGCGAUGGAUCAUGUUAUUUCAAUGUCGGAGAUUACUCUUGGUGAUCAUAUUUAUGUUCGAGCAGGAUUAGGAUUCACCAUGUCUAAAGAAGGUAUUGUAGUACCUGGACAAGACUGGAAUAAUAGUGAACAAUGGAUGGUUGUCACAAAUGACGUAGUACAGCCCGAUGGAUCUUUUCCUCAACUUCGUCUUGUUACAUUAAACGAAUUUCAAGGUCCUGAGCUAAAACUUCGCCGUGUGCGUUAUAAUCAAGGAGAAAAUAUUCUGCAUCAUAUCAAGCUAGAGGGAACUAGUUAUGUACAACAACAGGUUCCCAUCGAUGCGAUUGCUGAAAACGCGUUGCUUCUGUAUCUACUAAGCCAAUCAAUAGAUGAUUAUGGUGAUCAAUUACAAACUUUGCUUGGUGAACAAUAUAAACGCUUUUCAUACAUAUGUUCUACAACUUAUGCAAAGGAUUGGGCAUUAUCAUUCAAUUUAAACAGCGUUGAUCCUCAAUUAUCUUUCGAUGACAAACAGAAUUCAUCUUCUGCUCAAGUAACAGUGCAAGGUAUAACAAAAGAACGCAAUUCAACGAGCAGAGGAUAUGAAUGGUCGCAUGCGGUUGAAACGAAUGAACUGCGACGUGGUGAUCAUAUCUAUGCUUGGCGUAAAGGCAUUUUGUAUCAGCAUCAUGCUAUUAUUAUUGGAAGAUCGGAUGUUCCUGAAGAAGGCCAUCGAACUCAUCCGAUACCUAUUAUUCAAGAUUUGAUGGUUAUUGAGAAUAAUAGAACUGAUUCACCAUGUAUUCGAAUUGUAACUCUUGCUUAUUUUGCCAGUAAUUAUCUUAUACAACGAGUUCAAUAUAGGCGUAACAAUUUAGUUGAUGUGUUUUGCAAUGAUAUGAAAAUGCGUGGUAAAUGCCACUUUCAAGAUUCUCUACCAGUUGACGAUAUUGUCAAGAAUGCACUGUUUUUGUAUCAUUGUGCAGAUCCAAACCGUCAAUCUCAUAUGGGCGAAUACGACUUUCUUUUUCAUAAUUGUGAACAUUUUGCCUUUGCUUGUUCAACAGAUGAAACAUUGAUUCAUCGUUAUAAACAGCAAAAUCAAUUACCAGAUUACCGAAGUCAACAAUGGCAAGCUACGUUGAAUGUAGCCUCAAGUGCCGCGGUGACUGCUGCAUGGCAUACAUUAGAUAACACUGCAGCAUGGAAAUACUUGAUCGAGAGCAUACUUCCUUCUAUGAAAGGUUUUAGUCAACCAAUCCUAAAAGUUGUAGUUAACGGUGCAUCCUUUCAACAAGCUCUGCAAAGUUUUAUUCGUAUUGCAGGUCCUGUGGCUGGUAUCGUAUCUGGAAUCGCUUGUUUCGUUGAAAUAGCGCUUCUCUCUGUUCGGCAUAUAAUCUAUUUAACAACUGAAGGUCUGAAGCGAACAAAAGCCUUGGCUAUUGGUCUUGCUAUUGAAUUGGCGAAUUUUGUCAAAGGAGUUAUUCAAUCAAUUGUUUCUAAUGGGCUGACCGCCUGCUGUUCAUUGAUAGGAGGCGCAUUAGGUUUAUUAAUUCCCAUUCCUUUUAUCAACAUUCUUUUGAGCGUAGCCUUUGGUUUUGCUGGUUUUGCUCUUGGAAGAUAUAUUGGUGGCAUACCUUCAAAUUUAUAUCAAUAUCACAAGAAUAAGAAGGACAAAGAUCAUCAGAAGAAGAUGAUUUCCUAG